AUGUCCUGGAACGCUUACACAGACAACCUUAAGGCCACCGGUAAGAUCGACAAGGCGGCGCUUUACUCUGCCGCCGGAGACUCCCUCUGGGCCGAAUCGGGCGGGUUCAAAAUUGCUCCACAGGAAAUACAAGCAAUUGCCGGAGCCUACUCCGAUCCCCUGGGCUUGCAAGCACACGGCUUGCACAUUGAAGGCCAGAAGUACUUUUUGUUGAAGGCUGACGAGAGAUCGGUCUACGGUAAGCUUGACGAGGCUGGAAUCAUUGCUGUGAAGACCAAGCAGGCCAUUGUCAUUGCACACUAUCCAUCGGGCGUCCAGCCUCAAGAAGCCACUGCUGUUGUGGAAAAAUUGGCUGAUUACCUCAUUAGUGUUGGUUAUUAA